CCGAUACCAAACAGCCCCUAAGUGAUCGGCUCCUCUCUCUCUCUCUCUCUCUCUCUCAAUGUCAGUCUCCAAACCCUAGCUCCCUUUCUUCCUUCGAUCGUUGACUCCAUCCAGAAGUGUUAUUAAGUUAUUCUCUUCAACCAAUCAUUGAAUUGCGCGUUUGUUCUCAUCCGCAGCAACUUCUUUCGGCCGACGAUUGUUGUCGCUCCCGGCGCGCUCACUCCACUUCUUUUCCAUCAUUUUCUGGUCCACUAUCGGGGUUGCUGAAGGACGAUGGUAGAAGGGAAGAUUGUGACCAUCUGCCAGUAUGGAGGAGAAUUUGUUACCAAUAGUGAUGGAUCUCUGUCUUAUUCUGGUGGAGAGGCACAUGCCAUUGAUGUUGGUCCUGACAUGCUCUUUGAUGAGUUCAACUCUGAAAUAAGCAGCAUGUUUAAUAUUGACAUAGCAUGCAUGUCUAUUAAGUAUUUUCUUCCGAGUAACAAAAAAACUCUCAUCACAAUUUCUAAUGACAAAGACUUACGCCGCAUGGUUCAUUUUAAUGAGAAUGCUACAACAGCAGAGGUUUAUAUCUUAAAUAAGGUUGAUCAGAGGACAACAAGGAGCAUAGUAGCUGAUUCUGGCACCUCUAUUGUUGCUUCUGCUGUUCAGAACAAACGGAAGAGGCCUCAAGGUGGAGCCAGGGCAACAAAAAUCAAGUCCCGGGCCUCCGAAUCAGGUACCUUUAAUGCAGCUACCAAUGUCAUUGUAGAAAACGCCAACUCCAUUGGACAGAGUACACUGACAAUUUAUGAAAAUAACAGACAGAUGAGGCCAACAACUACUGCUGAAAGUAUUGAUACAAGGAUCAUUGUAACCGAUUUUGCUAUACCGGGUUUACCUGGUGCUGAUUCCGUGGACAGUUUUAGACAGCAGGGACUAGCUAUUGUGGCUAAUGUUGACGAGAGGGAAAGGAGCAUGUUAUUUGAUCCAAGUGCCUCUCUUCUCACCUCUAUGGUUACCCCUGAGAAUGUUAGACCUCUUAGUACUAACACUCUCUGGGAUGACGUGAUUGCUGGUGUGGGGCAAGAAUUUGAUAAUGUAAAGGACUUCAGAGGUCAGCUAUGUAAAUAUGCCAUUAGUAAAGGUUUCAUUUACAAAUUUAUCAAGAAUGAAAGUACUCGUGUAACCGUUAAAUGCUGCAAUGAAGAGAAUUGCACAUGGAGGAUACAUGCCUCCGAGUCAUCUCACAAGCAAAAGUUUGUGAUCAAGAAAAUGAAUAAUGUGCACACUUGUGGGGGAGGAAAUGGCAAACAUGGCCAAAGGAGAGCAACAAGGCAAUGGCUGACAAGUAUUAUCAAGGAAAAGUUGCAUGAUUCACCGCAAUGUAAGCCCAAGGAAAUUGUAAGGGAACUUUAUGAAGAUUAUGGUGUGAGUUUGACUUACUCUCAAGUAUGGCGAGGAAGAGAAGUUGCUCAGAAGGAGUUAUUUAGUAAUCUAAAAGAGACAUAUAGCCUUCUACCUUGGUAUUGUGGAAGGAUACUGGAGACAAACCCAGGUAGUGUGGCCAUAUUAUACACAUCAGUGGAUUCAAAAUUUCGCCGUCUUUUUGUGUCUUAUCAUGCUUCCCUUCAUGGAUUUGAGCAUGGAUGCCGCCCUCUUAUUUUUCUUGAUAGAAUCCCCUUGAAGUCUAACAAUCAAUGUAAGCUAUUAGCAGCUGCUUCAGUCGAUGGAAAUGAUGCUAUCUUCCCUGUUGCUUUUGCUGUUGUGGAGGAUGAAACAUUUGAUAGCUGGCUUUGGUUUUUGGCACAAUUAAAAUGUGCUUUAACAAAGCCUAGACCUAUCACCUUUAUUUCUAAUAGACAAAAGGGUUUAGAUGAGGCUGUAGCUCAGGUGUUUCCAGAUAGUCAUCAUAGUUAUUGUUUGCAUGAACUCAUUGAGGAUUUUAAAGGAGAAAUGAAGAGAGGGCCAUGGUCACAGCAACAAAAGGAUGCAAUGGCAGAUGAUUUCACUCGCGCUGCCCAAGCUUGCACUAUUGAAGAUUUCAACUCUUCUAUUGAGAGCAUAAGGAGUGUUUCAAGUGAUGUUGCUAGCUGGGUCAUGGCCAGUAAGCCCGAGAAUUGGUCUGAUGCUUUGUUCAGAGGUGGACGAUACGACCAUUUAUCUUCGAACAUUGUCGACUCAUUUGCCAAUUGGAUACCCGUGAAAUGCGAGCCUUCGAUAGUACUGAUACUCGAUUCAAUUCAAAAUAAAAUGAUGGAGGUGAUACAAUCAAGAAGAGAGAUCUCUAAUACCUGGGUAGGUCAGUUAACACCCUCCAUGGAACAGAAGUUGCAGAAGGAGGUAUCAAAAUCACGCAAGCUGAAUGUUCUAUGUUCUUCUGAUACCAUCUUCGAAGUGCGUGGCAACACCAUAUAUGUCGUCAACAUUGGGGAUUGGGUUUGCUCAUGCCGAAGAUGGCAAAUUUCUGGUUUGCCAUGCCCUCACGCCAUUGCCGUCUUCAAUCGAAUCGAUAGAUCUGUAUAUGACUUUUGCUUGGGAUAUUUCAGAAUCGAUUGCUACCAUGCAACUUAUGCUGAAUCAAUACAUCCAAUACCUGAUAUUGCUGGCAUAGAUUUUAAUGCUUCUAGCUUAUAUCUACCGCCACCUCGACGAACACCCGGGCGACCGAGGCGAAAGCGAUUUAAUCCCCAUAAGACGGUUACAAUGGUACGGUUGUGCAGUCGGUGCAAAGUUGCUGGACAUAAUAAGGCCACUUGUGAAGCUCUCUUGUAGCUGCAGAUUUCUUCUGAUCAGUUUUUGUACAUCAGGGAUAAAUUAGUCUUGUAUUUCUCAGUGAUGAUUUUGUAGUGUAUAUGGCAUUGUGCAGGCUUUUUCUAACACAGCUUAUAUCCUUUGUCUUAGGAUUUUAAAUAAUCAUUGUUUAUGUGAAGGUGGGCUAUGAAUCUUUAUGUUUUUAGUUUAUUCCAUGCUAAUACGUUGCAGAAGAUGUAGAGGUUUUUGUUGCUUCACUGUGAAUUUUUUAAAGUGUUAGAUAUGAAGUUUGCAACAGAUUUUAAGUUG